CGUUCUCUCCUCUUAUCUGGUAUCCUUCGACGCAUACGAGCGGCCGCGACCCUUGAUCCUUCCAACACUUCGGCCGCCGCCUGGGCGUGCCACAGUCAUCCAAUAUGGCAUCGCGCCUCUUCCGACCGAUGAGGUCGCUCAUGGCCUCCCGACGUUUAUCGAAAUAUGUUGUACAUGGGCAACCGAUUGUUGUGCAAGGAGUACGGAUCAAGCAUGGCUCCUUUAGAAGGCGAAUCUUCCGGGCCCUGGCCUUCGGCAUUACUACAUACGUAUGCGUCAAGUACUACGACAGGAAAGUGCUGGGGAUGCUUUCGAAUGCGCUGGACGAUCUCGACGACGGCCGCGGCCAUAGUGAGGAGGACGACGAAGAAGAAGAAGAUUACGUCUUCAUCCCUUUUCCCCUGACGGAGCAAAAACUCAAGCCAGAGCCAUACUCGGCACGCAGUACGGAGUGGAAAGAGUUCGUCAAGUUCGCACAAGAUCAGAAACGGAUACAGCAAGUCCAGGGGGACAUCGCCAGCCUGGUCUUGAAGAUGCUCAAGAACCAGCGAAUCUUGACAAACUAUGUUGGACCAGAGAUGACUGUCAAAAAGGCAUGGCUCCAAGCGUUUUACCCUUUGGUCGCACCUCCCGAAUACGAACGUUACGGAAUCAUGAUUACGCCUUAUGAAAUCGGAUGGGCCAGUAUAUCGAUGGACUCGCCACAGGUGAAGAAAGCCGAGCGGUUGUUCUGGCCCAGGCCUGUUGCGUUAUCGCUAUGGGCCGUCGCCACGACCCUUGUGAAGAAGAAAGCGAUGGAAGUCUCGCAAUUUUUCGGACUUUCGAGUCUUUUCACUCCUUCGGGGUCCCCGGCACAACCAGCUCAGGGAACUGGAACGACGGGACUGCCGUCGACGGUCACUGGUGACGUUCAGAGGAUGAUGGACAACAUCCGGCGACAGGCAACACAACGACCGGAGGAUGUGCAGGAUCCCGGAGCCCUGGUAUCGGCAAGACGUAUGAAUCCCGAUGCUGCUACACAGAACAAGGGGAUACUCACGACUACCAAUCAACCCCCUCCCAGCAAAGAGACGCCCAAGACCGGUGAUGAGAAAAAGGACAAGGAAUGGGCUUUGGCCCAGUUGCGGGAAUUCAUCGGGCUCAGCCCGUGGGAAAUCUUCACAAAGACGUACAGGAAGGUGUGGAAACCAAUUCGACCUGACCCGCCGCGCGGUUCAAUGGCUUUUGCCGGCAUGAUCGAGUUUGAGACGAAGAAGCAUUGGUUAACAGCAUAUGUGACGGCUUGGUAUAACCCGGGGACGAAGACUUUCGACCCCAACAACUUCACAAUUACUGUGACGAGGUUGACAAACAAGCAAGUCCAUCCCUUGGUCCGUUGAUGCAAGAUUUUGUAUUGCAGUCUUACGGCAAAGGAGGUCUCGAAUUGGGUAGGGUCGCAUUAUUCGUUGGGGUUGUGUUCUUCUGAAGUCUUUUUAAUCAGCAUGCUAGAGUGAGCAUUGUCAUGGGACGGCG